AUGAUUCAAAAACUUUUCAAACUUGUUACUCACCAAAAAACCUUCAGCACCGAAGAUCUGGUACUGAAUCCAAAGGAACACCCGGAUCUGAAACCAAAUGACAUCGUUGAGAUAUACCUGCCAGAGGAUGAGGGCUGCCGGUUGCUGCUGCAAGUGACCUGCCUCAACAAGGACUUCAAUUCGCGGGAAACCAUCAGCGUGGAGGUGAACGUGGCCACCACGUUCAAUCUGAAAGCGUACAACGAUGUGUACAUGCGCGUCGUCGAUCCGGCCGAGGUGGCACUCGACUCGGUUGAGAUCACGUUCAAGGAUCAGUACAUCGGCCGGUCGGAAAUGUGGCGGCUCAAGACCCGGCUAACCAACACGUGCGUGUACUUGAACAAAAAGAUCGAAUCGUGCGAGGGCUGCAUCCGGUGCCAGGUGUACGAGAUGUGGUCGCAGGGCGAACGGGUCGCGUGUGGUGUCAUCAACGAGGACACGAAGGUCGUCUUCCGCAGCAAUACCUCGAUGGUGUACCUGUUCGUGCAGAUGUCCUCUGAGAUGUGGGACUUUGACAUCUACGGCGAUCUGUACUUCGAGAAAGCGGUCAACGGUUUUCUGGCCGAUCUGUACAAAAAGUGGCAGAAGCUCGGCAGUAACCACGAGGUCACCAUCGUGCUGUUUUCGCGCACGUUCUACGCGGCCAAAAGUCUCGAUGAAUUUCCGCUCCACAUGCGCGACUGUCUGCAGAUUGACUACCGUGGUCGGUUCUAUGAAGACUUUUACCGGGUCGCGAUUCAAAACGAACGUUGCGAUGAUUGGAGCACAACGCUCGUGCAAUUACGUCGGCUAUUUACCGGCUACCGAGACGUGGUGCUAAAGUACCACGAGCGAGCCGAUCUGCCGGCGGGUGUGCGGAUUCCAACGGCCACAAACUCCACGGCGGCCCAGGGAAACUUCCUCGAGGUGUUGAACAUCUCACUGAACGUAUUCGAAAAGCAUUACCUCGACAGGAGCUUCGAUCGUACCGGGCAGCUUUCGGUGGUCAUCACACCAGGAGUCGGUGUGUUUGAGGUUGAUCGCGAGCUAACAAACAUCACCAAACAGCGCAUCAUCGAUAACGGCGUCGGAAGUGAUCUGGUGUGCGUUGGCGAGCAGCCACUUCACGCCGUCCCACUGCUAAAGUUCCACAACAAGGACGCGCUCACGUCAACCGACGAUUACUCGAUGCCGCACUGGAUUAAUCUAAGUUUUUACUCUACCAACAAAAAGCUACCUUACUCGACGUUCAUCCCUCGCAUUAAACCACCCCCGGUAACGAUCGGGUGUAAGGAACCGCCACCGACCCGCCCGCCCGAGUACAUCCACAACUGUCUGUUUGAUUACGACGCGUACGACGAUCAGAUCUUCCAGCCGCCGACCGUGCACGGGACGAGCUCGUUGCAGCGGAUGGCACGCACGAAGAAAACGUCCGUACCCAGUCUGGAUGGAUUUGGGACGUACGCGCGAGCCAACGAAUGGGAGCAGGAUGCGCUUAGUCCGUCUCGGAUGCGCCGCAAAAUGUCCGAUCCCGACAUCCACCAUGCCUCGAACAGUCUGCUCAACGUGAGCGUUGUCUCACACGGCAGCUCACCCAACACGAGCGAGAUACUGGGUAUGCCGAAACCGGUGGCAAUCGCGUCUCAGGCUGUGAUCGAAGGUCGAGCAGGAGCGUUCGGUUCCUCCAGUGGACCCGUUGUGCGUACGGGACGUGCUCUGAUCAAUCCUUUCGAUCCAUCGCACGUUACCAUCAAACUGACGUCGAACCGACGUCGAUGGACGCACAUUUUCCCCAAGGGCCCUCAAGGUGUGCUGAUUCAGCAGCAUCAUUAUCAGGCCGUCCCAGCUGCUACCCAAACGCCCAGCUACUACGUGGAUCUUGAUUCGAGCAGUGAGUACGCGCACACAUCCACCUGUACCUGGGGCCGGGUUCGCCACGGUAGCACCGCUUCCUUCGAUAGUCGCCUGAACGAGGACGAUCUUAAAUGGAUCGCCGAGCAUGGCUCUCGUCGGAAAAAGUCCGUGUUGCAUUCACCGGCCGCACCGAACGUCCCGGUGACGCCUUCCAAGAGUCUCACCCUACUUUGGGGAGCCACCGGGGAGCAGGAAUGGACACCGGCAUUAACCACAGUCGGAAAAGUGAUCAUAGGUGUGGACUGGAAAUCGCUAACGAUUCCCGCCUGCCUGCCAAUCACAACCGAUUACUUCCCGGACAAGCGUUCGCUCCAUAACGACUACGUCGUGUCGGACUACACGCUACUGCCGGAGGAUUUUAAUGCGGACUAUGCGCAAAAUCGGGCCGUUUAUAAGAAGCCCCUCUCGACGGACGAGGUGUUUAAGGAGCUCGUAUCCCAGCGGUUGGCACAGGGUUUCCAACUGAUCGUGCUACCGGACAAGAGCAUGACGAAUCCACCGCACGCACCGUGCUGUGGUGGCCACUUGCAACCCACGUCGUAUUUCGCGAACGCGAGCAGUGUCCUUCGACGGCAGCCUCCCCAGGAACCGAACAAGGAGUAUCUGCUGUCGAUCGGGCGCAUUUUCCAUCGCAUCAGCCUGAGCGGCUCGGCCAUCACAGUGACGCGUUAUCGUCCUCGCCAUCCGUACCCGCCGAUCAACGUCGAUUAUCGGUACCGGUUCCACGCACCGCAACACGACACGUAUGAAGUGAGCGGGGUACACUUCACCACAGAGAAGCUGGAAAACUUCAACUGGAACUACAUGGACCAGUAUAUCUGCACCCGGGGCGAUACGGAUUAUCCGUUGCACGAGAACAUGAAAUACUGGCGCUAUCGCAUGUACCUUCUGCCGAAGGACGAUCCAGCGAUGAAAAAAAUUCUAGACGGUACGGUGCAACGGUGCGAUAUCUAUCACGAGGACAGUCCGUUCCCGCCGGACCGGCAGAUAUGUAACGAUUUCGUGCGCUUCGUCGAGGCGCACUUGAACAAAAUCAAAAAGCUGCAACCGGCGAAGAAAGCACGGGGAUGUCCAACCCAAACGCACCUUACCAGACGACGCCACAGUACCAGCAUCCUGUCGAGGCCUCCACCGAAUCAGCAGCAUGGUGGAUGGGCAAAACUGUAUUUUAACGGCACUAGCAAUGGCCAUCACCACCAUCAUCAUCAGCAUCAUCUCCAUCAUCACACUUCCGAACGCUUUUCUUUCCCUAGCACUCUCGCCGGUAACAGCAUUCUCACGCGAACUGGCUCAAAGGUGCUCGAUAAGAGCGGCAGUGCGAUACAAUCACCACCUCCAACUGGUGGUUCCGUCACGGGUUCUUCAACACCGGGCAACACCUCCAGCGGAAGCGGCAACAACACCGGAGGUCCCUCGACUCCACUGACACCGGGAGCAGCGGGUUCGAUGAUGGUCAGUUCGGUCGGUGGAAGGACGACCGUCGAUGGGAUCCCACUGUCGACGUUGAAUACGGCCACCGAACAUGGGCUGCUGGAGGAUGGGGAUGAUUUUGGUGGUGAAGGAGGGAAGCUGAAACCGACCGCCACAUUGCAGGAGAUCUUCGAUGCCAUGCGCCAUCCGGUGCAUGGAGUGGGUUUCCUUGGACCGGCCCAAAGCAUGCCCUCGUGUACGUUCGUUUCGUAUGAUGCGAUCAAUUGGUUGCAGAACCGCAUCGAAGGUCCUUGCCACCCGGUAGAGAUCCUCGAAGACAUGAGACGAAAUCGAUUGAUUUGCCACGCCUCGGGAGACUUCAACAAACCGGUUGUGCCGGGUUUCUGCCUUUAUUACAUAGCGCGGCAGGAGAAGGAAUCGCAGGAAUACAUACCACCGCUCGGUGAUCUGGCCGCGUUCGAGAACGAAUGGAUGGAGGUGGAAAUCCGGCAUCCGGACCUUACCAAACCCGUGGAUGCGCACGAUCGAGGCGUACCGACGUUCCUGCGCGACUCAAUCGACCUAGUGGACGAAGAAGCCGGUCUUGUGGAUGGGUUGCUGUACAAACAAACGCACCUCGAGAUCGACAUCGGUGGCAAAUCCGAUCGGAUCGAGUGGGGUCACGCACGAUACCAUCAGCGCAUGGUCCCGGGCCGGGCGUACGAGAUCGUCGUUCAAUGGAUCACGGCUUCCGGACCGAUCGUGUACGAUCUCAUCUACGGAUGGUGCCGGAAGGCGCAACCAUGUGGCUUCCAACUCGUCACCAUCCCAGCGGAUCCGCUGGCGGAACCGUUCACGGAGAAAUCGGACCCAUUGCGUGGUCCCAUCUUCAUCCCACUUGAUAUCGACUGUCUGAAGCAGCACCGCAGCUGCCUUUUCCAGGAGUUCCCCAAAGAGACGUGGCCAGCUCGGUUGCUGCUGUUCCAGGAAGCGAUCGUGCGUCGAUUCGGCUUCAUGCGCUGCACGGUGGAAACAAAAACCGGCUCAAACCAGGUGUCCCUCGACUACCAGUACGUGCACUGCAGCGGUAACAUGUUCCUGCUCGUGCCAAACCCCAACAUGGGGUUGCGAUCGCGCCAACGCCUCGCAUCCGGUGGAAGCAACGUAAAGAAACCGAUCGCCUUCAUCAACCGCUACUCGGCGUCGUACGAAUCGCAGGUCGUCACGGCACCGGGCGGUCACGAACCGUCCUACAUCACGCGCCACGUGACCGCAGCGAAGGGCACCGGAAAGGACGACACCGAGGUGAUCCGUCGCACCGGAUUCCUGUGGUCCUGGAACCACAUGAUACCGAACAAGAAGUGGAAAUCGCUCGUCAUCUCGCAGUCGGACGACCUGUUUCAGCUGAAGAUGCUGCGCGAUUUUAAGGAGUUUUGUGCGAACACCGACCAGCGGCUCGUCACCUUCUGGGAGUCCUGCUGGGAGGUGAAGGAGAAGGCGUCCCUUUACCGUACCUGAACGUAAGCGGCCAACCGUUGGGACAGCACGACAGCAAGAAAUCACGCGGUUUGCCGUUUCGUUGUUAUUAGUCACUGCCCGUCGUCGGGCAUGUCUUUUAUUGGCGCGAAAUCGGAUACAGAAAUAAACGCUCACUUGUAAACUCGAUUAAAAGAAAUUGAAUUAAAAAAAAAAUCGAACUCAUUUACAACAGCACACUCCCUGCUGCUCCUGUGGGGAUGGAUGAUCCCGUCCUAACCUAAAAAUAUAUGUUUACUCCUUCGCUUAUUCUCCUCUAAUGGUGACCUAAACGCCACAAAAGCUACUAGCACACGCAGGGCGUUGCUGUCACAGCUACGUGCUGCAGUUGUUCCUUACCCUAUCGAACCGUAUACCUAAUCAGUGUCCUGGCGGUGACCCUUUUUGCCACCAUCACCCCGUGCCUGUCACACGCGAGCUACAAGUUUUAUAAACUUUGGCAUUUAAGAUUCAACAUUCUCUCGCUACAGUAGCACACGUGAUCGUGAUCGCACAGCGUCCGUUCUAGCUUCUACCUAUCUAGCUUUGAUUAGUUUUUUUUUCUGUUAGCAAUAAGUUCCUACACUAACCAGGAAGAUCAAAAGGAUGCGGUUACAGGUAUCCUCCUCAGGUGUAUGUGUG